AUGGUGUCUGUUCCUGUUUCACCACAUUCGCUAGCUUCUUCUAUUCCGAUUUUUAAUGGGACAAAUUUCUAUGACAAGAAUGAUCAGAUUCAGUUUCACCUUGGUGUUCUGGAUCUUGAUUUAGCUCUGCGAAUUAAUAAACCGGCUGUUAUUAUUGAAACAAGUAGUUCGAAGCAACAAGCUUUGUAUAGGUCAUGGAAAAGGUCGAACAGAUCAAGUAUUAUCUUCAUGCGGAUGUGUAUAGCAAACAAUAUUAAAUCAACACUUCCUCAACUUGAAAAUGCAAAGGAAUAUCUUAAAGUUGUGGAAGAUCGGUUUCAUUCAACAGACAAGUCCCUUGCAAGGAGAUUAAUGGUUGAACUUACUACCAUCAAAUUUGAUGGUAGCCAAGGAAUGAACGAACAUGUCUUUGAUAUGACUAAUUUGGCAGGUAUUUGUGGACUUAAAUGUUAG